GAUCAUCUCUAAAGGGAGUUCUUGGUUUCCUCCGAUUUCUUAUGAACCCAGGAUGGGAAGCAAGGAAGAUGCGGGCAAGGGGUGUCCGGCGGCCGGCGGCGUCUCCAGCUUCACCAUUCAGUCCAUCCUGGGCGGGGGCCCCUCGGAGGCGCCACGGGAGCCCGCCGGCUGGCCGGCCAGGAAGCGCAGCCUGUCCGUGUCCUCGGAGGAGGAGGAGCCGGACGAAGGCUGGAAGGCACCCGCCUGCUUCUGCCCAGACCCGCACGGCCCCAAGGAGCCCGGCCCCAAGCACCACCCCCCCAUCCCCUUUCCUUGCCUGGGUACCCCCAAGGGCAGCGGAGGCGCGGGGCCGGCGAGCUCGGAGCGCACGCCUUUCCUUUCUUCUUCGCACCCAGACUUUAAGGAAGAGAAAGAGAGGCUCUUGCCCGCGGGCUCGCCGUCGCCGGGGCCCGAGCGGCCGCGGGACGGCGGCGGCGCCGAGAGGCAGGCGGGCGCGGCCAAGAAGAAGACGCGCACGGUCUUCUCGCGCAGCCAGGUGUACCAGCUCGAGUCCACCUUCGACAUGAAGCGCUACCUGAGCAGCUCGGAGCGCGCCUGCCUUGCCUCCAGCCUGCAGCUCACCGAGACCCAGGUCAAGACUUGGUUCCAGAACCGCCGCAACAAGUGGAAGCGGCAGCUCUCCGCGGAGCUGGAGGCGGCCAACAUGGCGCACGCGUCGGCGCAGACUCUGGUGGGAAUGCCGCUGGUGUUCCGGGACAGCUCGCUGCUGCGCGUGCCGGUGCCACGCUCGCUCGCCUUCCCCGCGCCGCUCUACUACCCGGGCAGCAACCUCUCGUCCUUACCUCUCUACAACCUCUACAGCAAGCUCGACUACUGAGCGGCCCGCCGACCCCGCGCCGCCCGCCCGCUCCCCGCCAGCCUGGCGCGGGCUGCCCCCACUCCGGAGCCAGGGCUGCGCGUUUCCAGAAAUAUUACGAGAUACACCAUGUGUAUUCGUUACCUCUUAUUUAUGGCCUCUGCCCUACUUUUUGUUUUGAUUGUUUCUCGUAUUUAUCGGCAUUCCUCCAGCCAGAUCAUCUGCUUUCUACCCCAAACAAACCAAUACGUUUUGAAAACCAUGUUCGAGGGGAUGUUCUACGGUGGUGGUGGGAAAGGGAGUU